CCAACGUGGGCCCAGCUUUCUCGCCGCGGCACGAUGUCCCUCCUCUCCGAACCCUCCUCCUCCUCCGCCGCCGACCACGACCUCGCGGAGCGCGCCAUCGCCCUCCUCAGGAGUCGGCGCCGGCUCGAUCAGCUCGCCGACUCCUUCACCCCGGAGGCGGCGACCCGCGCGCUCGCCCUCGCCCAAUCGGAGCGGCCCCUCGCCCUCGCCUUCCUCCGCUGGGCCUCCCCCUUCCCCUUCUUCUCCUCCUCCCUCCCCCCGCAAACCCUAGCCCUCCUCCUCCUCUCCCGCUUCCGCCGCCUCCCCUCCGCCCUCUCCCUCUCCCGCCGCCUCGCCUCCCGCUUCCCCCACCCCUCCCUCCUCCGCUCCCUCUCCUCCUCCCUCCCCCUCCUCUCCCCUCCUCCUCCCUCCGCUUCCUUCGACCUCCUCAUCAGAUCCUACGCCUCCCUCUCCCGCGUCUCCGAGGCCCUCUCCACCCUCUCCUUCGCCAAGUCCUCCGGCUUCGCCCCCUCCCUCCUCGCCUACAACUCCAUCCUCGACGCCGUGUUCCGCUCAGGCCGCGGCGCCGCCGCCGCCUCCGACGACCUCCUCGCCGACAUGUCCCGCUCCGGCGUCUCCCUCAACGUCUACUCCUACAACAUUCUGAUCCGUGGGUAUUGCUCUUGGGGAGAAUCGGAUCGUGGGUUUCAAUUGUUAACCGAGAUGGAGCGCGGCGGGUGCUCCCCGAACGUCGUCACCUUCAACACGCUCGUUGACGGGUGUUUUAAAUUGGGGAGGACGGAUGACGCUUUUGCCGCAGUGUCUAUGAUGAAGGAGGCAGGGUUGCGGCCCAAUUUGGUUACUUACAAUUCGAUCAUCAAUGGGCUGUGCCGGAAGGGGCUCGUGAGGGAGACUCAUAAGGUGUUUGAUGAAAUGGUGAAGGAAGGAUUGGCGCCCGAUGCCGUUACGUACAACACGCUCGUGAACGGUUAUUGCCGGGAAGGAGAUGUUCAUCAAGCUCUCGUCUUGCACGCCGAGAUGGCCCAGAAGGGAGUGAAUCCCAAUGUCGUUACUUAUACGUCGCUGAUCAGCGCUAUGUGUAAGGCAGGGAAUUUGGAGAGGGCGAUGGAGUUCGCCACCCAGAUGCGGGGGAGGGGGCUUCGGCUAAAUGAGAUAACUUUCACGACGUUAAUUGAUGGUUUCUGCAAGAAGGGAUACUUGGAUGAUGCUCUGUUGGUUAUGGGGGAGAUGAAGGAGAGUGGAAUUCCACCCUCUGUUGCAUGCUAUAAUGCUCUUAUCAAUGGGUAUUGUAUGUCGUGGAGAAUGGAUGAAGCAUUGGAAAUAGUUCGAGAAAUGGAGGGAAAAGGGUUAGUACCUGAUGUGGUGACUUAUGGUACUAUAUUAAGUGGGUAUUGCAAGAAUGGGGAUUUGGAUGCAGCAUUUAAGUUGAACGAGGAAAUGCUUGCAAAGGGUGUUUCGCCUGAUUGUGUUACCUACUCCACACUCAUUAGAGCUCUCUGUGAGGCGAGAAGAUUAAAUGACGCCCGUGAGCUAUUUGAGAAAAUGCUGAACCUUGGUUUAAAGGCGGAUGAGUUCACGUACACUACACUGAUUGAUGGCCAUUGUAAAGGAGGGGAUGUGGAGAAGGCUUUCCUUCUUCACGAUGAGAUGAUAAAGAAAGGGAUACUUCCUGAUGUUGUAACUUACAGUGUGCUAAUAAAUGGGCUUAAUAAAGCAGCUCGGACAAAAGAAGCAAAACGGCUGCUGUUCAGGAUGUACUAUGAGGAGUCCAUUCCCGAGAAUAUCAAAUAUGAUGCACUGAUGGAUUGCUGUACUAAGGCAGGUUUUAAGAGUGUGGUAUCUCUCUUAAAAGGUUUUUGUAUGAAAGGCUUGAUCUCAGAAGCUGAUAAAGUAUUCGAGUUGAUGCUGGAGAGAAAAUGGAAGCCUGAUGGAGCUGUUUAUAGUAUUCUUAUUCGUGGGCAUUGUAGAGGAGGAAAUGUACAGAAGGCACUUGAAUUACACAAGGAAAUGAUACAGGCUGGUUUUGUUCCCAAUGCAUCAAGUAGCAUAUCUCUUGUCAAGAGUCUUUCUGAAGAGGGGAUGAAUGUUGAAUUGAAUAAAGUUACUCAGGAACUGCUGAGAGGUUGUUCCUUAUCAGAUGCUGAAACUUCAAAGGAUCUUGUUGAUCUAAAUCUCAAGGAAGGUAAUAUGGAGUUAGUAUUGAAUGCUUUAAACGGGAUGGCGAAGGAUGGUCUACUUCCAAAUGUUGGGUAGCUCAAAGAGUUGCAUAAGCUCUAGAGUUCAAUUUCCGGUGGAAAUUGUUUACCAUCAUCACACCCUAUUUGAAGACGCCGAUGUUUUCAGUAUUGGCGAAGCAAUUGCCAGCUUUCAAAUGCAGUUAUGUCUCAAAAGUAAAGCCUCCAUCCUUUGUUGCCAGAGCUUUGGUCCAGUUAUUAAGUCAUAAGGAAAGCUAACACCGAUAAGAUGUUAAUUCCUUGGGGCAGGGCUGCAGAGCAGGGCAGCUGAUAGCUCGAUAGGAACAAGAAACAAUCUUUUACAUGGUGGCCAAAACUCCGAUCAGUUGCAGAGUGAUUUAUAUAUUCCUUACCUAUGCCCAUGAAGGAGGUUUCUAUAUAUCAGCAAAAAUAAAAAAUGGUCAAGUUCUUGGCUUCUUGUUUCUAAAGAUUGACCUCAUGUUAUAUUAUUAUCUUUCAAUUAUAUUAGUUUUAAUACUUCCACUAUCACGAACUACAUGUCACUUAUUGAGCCACAUGAUGAUCCACCACUAAUAUAUGGCUUAUUUGGUUUUAACUUUUAAGUUGUGAAAUCCCACAUUAAUAUGAAAACCAUAUGGAAUUGUUGGUUUUUUUCCGGUUCACUUAUAUGUUAUAAAUAACUGAGUCUCCUAAAUUUUCAAAGAUGGAGAUUGCAAAAGUAGAACAGAUAUGCAUGUAUUACCGUCUUUGGUGUCUUUUAUAGUCAGAUCGGUCAUAUAUGCAUUUUUCGUCAGCAUUCUUAAAAUGGUGCAUGACAUUCUUUCAUCUUAUAUUUGUAAUUGUAGCAUAGAAAAGAAUCAGACUUUUCUGGCACCAUGAGAUUUUAACCUUAUUCUAACCCUUUGAGUCUAUGUAUAGAUAUCGUACUAUAUGCUUCUUGGAACCUGAGGUUUACAAUAUGACAAAAUUGAAACAUUGUGAGGCUCCUCUUUUUUUUUUUUUAGCAUUAUUAGAAUUCAACUAAUCCAGAUUAUCUUGCAAAGAGUAUCCUGAUCUUUACUCUUUCUAAAGCAAAGUUAUUUGCAUCUUUAAUGCAAAACUAGUGUUCUGUUACAUCAGGUUGAAAAGGCUUCUUGUUGACUGAGCUCUGGCUCUAGUAAAGGCGGUUUCAGAGAUACUUCAUUGCAGUUCAACAUGCCAUGACACAAAGCCACUAGUUUGAAAAGAUGUCAAAAGAUUUUUUCUGUGCAACAGUGGAAGGAUGGAAAUUAGAUCUUGUAAGAGAGGAAUUAUUUGACUGUAGACCUGUGGAGAAUAAUCAGCCCCCUUGAAAGCGGCAGACUGCGAUUCCUUCAGCACAGCGAUCCAAUCCUUCAUCUUGCGGGCUUCGUAGCACAUAGCGAUAUCGGUCUUGAUGGCUUGCGCUUGCGAAAUGUCCUCGGCGCCGGCUUCUCUUCUUGACUGCUUGUAGUGGUGAAUGGCUCUGUCAGCUUCCCCCAGUCUGAAGAUUGAUGCAUACCCAAAAGAAUUGUUGAGUAUGAAUAUAUUUUGCUCUUUUGAGAUGGAUACCUGCUGUGUUCUUUUCUGAGGCGGCAGAGCUGAUUUUGAUCAAACACUGCUUUUCCUCCGCAAUUCAGCAUGUGCUCUCACCUGAGAUAAAGCGUGCCGAGCCGAUGAUGCGCUUUGUAGUAAGAAGGGUUGAUCCUUAUAGCCUCUCGACACUCUGCGACUGCGUCGAGAAGCCGCCCAAGUCCGGCAAGCGCCACGGCCUUACUGCACCGGUAGGAGGCCUUAUUCGGGUCCAUCACGAUGGCCCUCUCGUACAACGCCAGCGCCUCCGCAAGCCUCCCCUUCCGGCACUCUUCGCUCCCCAUCGCCUUCAGCUCCUCCGGCCCCAGCCUCCUUGACAGCGCCCGGCACAGCUCCCCUCUCGGCUCCUCCGCCGCCUCUUCCAGUGUGUUGCUCUUCUUCUUCGCAUCUUCGUUAGCCAUCGAUCCGUUAGAUUUCGGCUGCUUCUUUGUCGCGGAAUCCAUGCGCAAUUCUUUCGCUGUUUUGGGGAGGACAUCGAGCACGUUGCGGUUGGGAGCGUGAGGUGUGCUGCUGCGGCAGUAGCCGCUGAGGUUGCCCAAGUUGCCGUAGAUCAUCACGUUGCCGGAGGUGGCCCGCACCAGCGCUGCAUUUGAGUGCGGUACGGGGGCCGGCGGGGGGUUGUCGACCGGAUCGGCCGGUCGCUUUGCGGGUACGGAAGUAGACUUGGCAACCGGCGCGGGUGGGAGACCGGCGGUACGUUUAGGCCGGGUGGAGCCCCGCGGUGGCUGAGGAUUUGUGUCGGGGACUAUGGUGGGUGGGGUGGAGGCGGUCCGGCGGUGGCGGUUCCAACGCCGGAAGAUGCCGCCACGGAAGAGCACGGUGCAUCCUGGCGGCCUUCGCUCCUCCAUUUUACUUGCAGGUAGCCGUUGGGCGCUAGAGAGGAUGGCGGGAAUUGGGCUGUCUUUUGUUUCCCGUGGGGUUUUUUUUUUUAAAAAAAAAAAUAAUUAUCCACGAAAAUGUAACUAGGAUAUAUAAUAACUUAUGAUAAUAUUUGGUGUAUAUUUCCUCUCGUGAUCCUGCUCAUAAGAAUGAGAUCGGGCUGCGGGGGAGACUUGGAAUCA